AUGUCUCUAAUUCUUCUUGUUGGAGUUCCAGGUUCCGGAAAAACAACUUUAGCGAACAAUCUCAAGAAAAGGUUUGAAGAAAUGAAACAAGAUUGUGCAAUCGUCACAGAAAAAGGCCCAGAAGCAGGAACUUUCGAUUCAUCUAACAAUGAACGACUCGGAAGAAGUGAUUUUAAAGCUGCUGUUGGUAGAAUGCUCAGCUUGGAGAGAGUUGUUAUCUGUGAUGGAAUGAAUUUCAUCAAAGGCUUCAGAUAUGAGAUCUUCUGUCUUGCAAGAGAAAAUCAUCUUAGAUGGUGUGUCGCCUUCUGUGAUGUUGAUGAUGAAACAGCAUUUAACAGAUCCCAAGAAAAAUACCACAACGACAAAAGAUUGAAAAAACUUAUUGGAAGAAUGGAGAGACCAUCAAAAACUACAAAAUUCGAUAAUCCAUUGAUAGUUGUAAAGGAUGUAAAUAGUCAAGAGACAAUUGAUGAGAUUAUUAAAGCAGCAUUAAAUAAAAACGCAAAGUUAAUUCCAAAGAAAGCUACAACAAGCUGUGCAGAGACUGCUCACUAUAAUGAUAAAGUUGAUCAAUUAAUUAAUCAAUUUUGUCAAGAAUUAGAAAAAAUUCAAGCAACAACACCAACAGGAACACCAAUUACAGUUUGCGGUGCUACCUUUACACCUAAGAAGAAGUUUACAUCCGGUCAUCUUAAGAGUGCUAGAAGAGAAUUUGCUGCAAGAGCUAAAUCUCUUUCCGAAGAUCAAAAUGUAGUCCAAAUAUUUGCCGAUAGCUUAGAAGUUAUUCAUUAA